UCUGAACAAAAAUACAAAGACAUCAAGUCGCAUUAUAAGACACGACUUGCUAAGAGACACUCAUCACACCGAUGGAGCUCAUGACUGUGUGCCAGGAUCACAAUGUCUACAAUUUCAUAAGGGUGAACCGAGACCACAAGUCGACCUAGCAAGUAUCAUCAGCAAUCAUGAUGGCCAUCAUCUGGUCACCGGGGGUCAAUGAGAACUUUCCCCAUGAUGAGACCCUGCAUUACCUGCUCAUUCUGUGCUCCAAAGUAGCUCUGAACACGUUCGUCCUGUCUUUCUGGAGGCACAGCAUUCUCAAGUCCCUGCUGGGGCUCUGCAGCGUCUCCAUGUAUGUGGCAGACGUGCUGCUGGUCAGUGCGGUCACCGGCGCGUGGCUCUUCAAAGAACACCUACCCACCACUACCUCCAUGUGCUUCAUACUGGCGCAUGGAUCGGCUGUCUACGCCCUGCUUCCACUGCCCAUACUCAUCGCUGGGGCGCUUGACUACACCAGUUACCCACACCUAGACGUUAGCUCAAGCUCUUGGCGCAGGUCUGUAUGUUACUGCACUGUGGUUGUGCUUCUGUGGGCAUUCGCGUGCUGUUACACUUACAACUACACAGACACGCAACCUAUGGAGAUUUACAAAGACAACGCAAGACUCCUGGUGUGCCGUGUUCACGGAUCUACUGUAGUGUUUCAAUUUAGUAUGCAGAUAUCUAUUUCAGUGGGUCUCAUACUUCUGUUUUAUUUUAAGACGACUAUUGGUUGGAUCCGAAAGGCCAAUAAACUGAAAAACACAGCAUUUGCUCUAGAGAAAGAUCAACUGUUACCUUACAAUCAGGUGGGGGAAGGUGGAAAUUCUGAAACUCAGGAAAGUUCCCCCCCUCUCUUUGUCAGUCUGACUCUAGGUUUCGCUUUGAACUGGAUACCCUACCUGCUAAUGUGUUUGGUGUGUGCCUUUCUGGGCUUUGUGGUGCCAGCUUAUGCCAGUGUCAAUCUUCUGUGGAUGGCCUGUGCCAACAGUUUGCUGGUUGGCAUUGCUUUUUGGUUUCGGAGUGCUAGGACUGGACCUUUAAGAAAAUUCCCAGAUGACACUUGUUUGUGGAACAUCUACUGGCACUUGGGCAAAGGAACUACACCAACUGUGGAUGCAAAGCUUACUAUGAGAGCAUAUAAAAUGGUUCACAAACCUGCUGUGCCUUUUCAAGAGAUCUAGCCUAAAAUAUUUGAAGGCUGGCAAUGAUACUCUGUCUUGCAAUCAUACAUGUUAUGAGUUCAAAUCUAUAACUCUUUUACAAACAUUGUGAGCUGCUUAGGUAGAAGUUGCAAUGAAACAUAAGUAUGUCUUUUGUGUGACAUACACUGCCAAUCAAAAAUUUGGGAUCAGUACGAUUUUUAAUAUAUAUAUUUAUUUUCUUAUGCUCAUCAUUUGAUGAAAAAUACAGAGAAAAACACUAAUAUUGUG